UAAAAAACUUCCAGAUUGAAAGAAUCUUCAGAUGUUAAUUUAUUCUAACUUGUCAUUUAAUGUUUUCCUCCAUAUAAUUUCACAGGUCAAUAUUACACAUUACUAAUGGAGAACACAAAGAAAGAAAAACAUAUUAAGAACAUCACUGUUACGACGUUGAUAUUGGUCAACUUUCGGGAACCGAUGUCACUUGAAAAGAAUUUGAUUGCUUGGGAGCUUUGGAGUGAUCGACAGCACAGCACCAAAACACGCAUUCUUGAUAUAGACACUAAAAACGGCCAAGGAAUCCUGUCAAAUUCCAUUGAAGAGUUGUCACACAAUGCUGUAUCUGUCAAAUGGAAGCCAAGUGAAACCCCAUCACUGGUGAAUAUUGCAAUUAAUUGCCUAAGUACAGACUUCAGCAACCAGAAGGGCGUUAAGGGCAUACCUUUGCACAUUCAAGUAGAUACAUACGAAGGUGAAGACAGAUACCCGGUUCACAGAGGUUACUGUCAAGUGAAAAUAUUUUGCGACAAAGGUGCUGAACGGAAAACACGAGAUGAGGAACGACGAAGAACGGCAAAAGUAAAGACUGAAAACUCGAAUUCUCCAACUCAUUCGCCACCGUUAGAUGGUGAAAAUGAUUUGUUUGUUCCCACUCUAUUAGGACGAAAGCGAUCGGAAGAGGUUUACCACCAAACUUGUGAACGAUCCGAAUUUUAUUCUAUGCAAGAUCUCACAACUGAACCGCAACUGUUUAACCCUUUAGGCGACAUCGAUGACUAUCGGGUAAGGAAGCAUGGGAUUGUGCACUACUCAUUAAAUGAAGAAGAACGAGUCGGAAAUUCUAUAAGCAAUAACAAAAACAACACCAACUUAGAUGAGAACAGAGAUGGUUUCCCGCCUGCCAAAGUUCCACGACGAAAUAACUUCCUUUACUGCAUGACGUAUCAAAAAGUUAUGUUAUACGUUCGAGAACAGACGGAAAGUACAUUUACAGCGUUACUUCUUAGGACUCCCACAGUUGAAGGGCUAUUAAGAGCAGUGGAAGAAAAAUAUGAAAUUCCAGCUUCAAAGGUUAAAAAUACAUACAAAAGAUCUAAAAAGGGAGUUCUCAUUAAAAUGGAUAACAAUAUUAUUCAGCAUUAUGCUCAUGAAACGACGUUCAUCAUUGAAAAAUGCCGGACAGCAGACGAUAAAGGAUAUGAAAUUAUACUCACAGAAAUUGAUCCGUGAAACAUGCUUGCGAUUAUCUCUCCGUCCUUCAUUACAUUCCAAAUAGAUUUUUUUAAUAUGUAAGAAAAUAGAGAGGAAAGAAAAA